CGGGCGCGAGCGGAGCGCACAGCUGAGGCGGCGGGCAGCCUGGGUUAUCUGAGCCGCUCGGUCUUGGGUGGCUGCGCCCAGAUCUCGGGACGGCGGCGGCAAAGGCUAGACGCGCUGUCGGGCCGCGGAGGAGUGGAGAAGCGAGACCCAGUCCCAGACAGCAGCGGCGGGGAGCAGAGCAUGGAACAGCACGCAGGUCCGGCAGUCCUGAAGUUGAGUCUGCGAGGCGACACGGCGGCGGCGGCCGCGCUGCUCCCGCUCCUCCGCCUCCCCAUGGAUAUGCACUGCAAAGCAGACCCCUUCUCCGCGAUGCACCCAGGGCACGGGGGUGUGAACCAGCUCGGGGGGGUGUUUGUGAACGGCCGACCCCUGCCCGACGUGGUGAGGCAGCGCAUCGUGGAGCUAGCCCACCAGGGUGUGCGGCCCUGCGACAUAUCCCGGCAGCUGCGGGUCAGCCACGGCUGUGUCAGCAAAAUCCUGGGCAGGUACUACGAGACUGGCAGCAUCAAGCCCGGAGUGAUAGGUGGCUCCAAGCCCAAAGUGGCAACACCCAAAGUGGUGGACAAGAUUGCUGAAUACAAGCGACAGAACCCAACCAUGUUCGCCUGGGAAAUCCGUGACCGGCUCCUGGCUGAGGGCAUCUGCGACAAUGACACAGUGCCCAGUGUCUCUUCCAUCAACAGGAUCAUCCGGACCAAAGUUCAGCAGCCUUUUCACCCAACGCCAGAUGGGGCUGGGACCGGAGUGACUGCACCGGGCCACACCAUUGUUCCCAGCACGGCCUCCCCUCCUGUUUCCAGCGCCUCCAAUGAUCCAGUGGGAUCCUACUCCAUCAACGGGAUCCUGGGGAUCCCUCGCUCCAAUGGCGAGAAGAGGAAACGUGAUGAAGUCGAGGUAUACACUGAUCCUGCCUACAUUAGAGGAGGUGGAGGUUUGCAUCUGGUCUGGACUUUAAGAGAUGUGUCCGAGGGCUCAGUCCCCAAUGGAGACUCCCAGAGUGGCGUGGACAGUUUGCGGAAGCACUUGCGAGCUGACACCUUCACCCAGCAGCAGCUGGAAGCUUUGGAUCGGGUCUUUGAGCGUCCUUCCUACCCUGACGUCUUCCAGGCAUCAGAGCACAUCAAGUCAGAACAGGGGAACGAGUACUCCCUCCCAGCCCUGACCCCUGGGCUUGAUGAAGUCAAGUCGAGUCUAUCUGCAUCCACCAACCCCGAGCUGGCCAGCAACGUGUCAGGCACGCAGACAUACCCCGUUGUGACCGGUCGUGACAUGGCGAGCACCACUCUGCCUGGUUACCCCCCUCACGUGCCCCCCACUGGCCAGGGAAGCUACCCCACCUCCACCCUGGCAGGAAUGGUGCCUGGGAGCGAGUUCUCCGGCAACCCGUACAGCCACCCCCAGUACACGGCCUACAACGAGGCUUGGAGAUUCAGCAACCCCGCCUUACUAAGUUCCCCUUAUUAUUAUAGUGCCGCCCCCCGGGGCUCCGCCCCUGCCGCUGCUGCCGCUGCCUAUGACCGCCACUAGUUACCGCGGGGACCACAUCAAGCUUCAGGCCGACAGCUUCGGCCUCCACAUCGUCCCCGUCUGACAGCCCACCCCGGAGGGAGGGAGGACCGACUCCACUCGAAGCUUCCUGGCCACCGCCCCAGCCCCGCCCCACCCCGGACACCUGCAGCCCUUCACGUCUACCCCGUGGAAGGCUGGACAGGACUAGUGGAGCCACGGGCCGGACCCUCAGGCCCCAGCCCACUACCCCGAGUCCCGCCCGCUGCCCCUCCCUGCCUGCCUGGACUUCGAGGUGCGGUGCGUCGAGGACGACCCGACCCGGCUUGCCCUGGCCUCACGGAGCCCAACAGAGCGGACCAGCCACAUCUCCGGACUCGGGCCGGGCGGCCGCUGUGCGCGGGGACACGUUUCUGUGACACACAAUCAGCACCGACUGCAGCGCGGCCCAGCCCUGGAGCCGCCGACUCGGAUGCUCCGGCGCAGGAGGCCUCGCUGGAGGGACUGGGCAAAAGAAAUUAAGGACAAAAUGAUUUUCUGCAGAAG